AUGACGCAAGAGACAAAGCCUAAGAGCAACCGACAGAACCUUCCAUUGCAGAGGAUGGUGACAAAUGCAAAGGGUUUAUUGCAAAGGAAUGAUGCCAUUAUUGAAAUCAUCCUCAUAUGUGGAACCAUGUGGCAUGUUUCUGUGGGGUCAAUGAAGCCCUUGAAGCACGGAUACCUGGCAAAGUUUCCCAUGGCAGGAAGAGAGGAGGGCGAGAUGGAGAGCCCUAACAUGGCCAACCUUCUACUGCUCCUCUCCUGUAAUGGAGCGAAGGCUCGAAACAUGCAUGGCAUUAAGAAGCCUACGGGCCGGGUGUAUGAGUGCAAGACAUGCAACCGCCGGUUUCCGACGUUCCAAGCGCUCGGCGGCCACCGGACGAGCCACAUGAGGCCAAGAUUCCGAAGGGAUUGGGUCGAACAGACCAAGAAAGAGAGACCGAAGCCAAGGGUGCAUGAGUGCCCUAUUUGUGGCUUGGAGUUCCCCAUGGGGCAGGCCUUGGGCGGCCACAUGAGGCGGCACAAACCUACGGAGGCCGACGAGGCCUGCACAGAGAAGAAAGGUGGUGCAGGGAAGGUAUUGUGUUUGGACUUGAACUUGACUCCUUUGGAGAAUGAUUUGGAGCUCACAGCCUUAGAGCUUGGAUUAGCACUCUAGAGGAGCCUCCCAUGGUUGAUUUCUUUAGUUGCUCAGGCAGUAUAUAAUCAGUCAGACUUAGAAUAACAUUUCCUCAUGAAUUUCCUUCUGGUUCUACGUUGUUCUUUCAUCUCAAAACAUUUUUUAAUUUUUUCAGUAAGUUUUGUAGCUUUCUUGAUUUUAUUUGAUGCAUUUUAGGGUACUCUAAAGCCUAGACUAAUUAUAGGAGAGUACAGGUUUUGACAAAUAUUUUUUUUUUAGAGAAAUAUGCUUCUGUUACCUGGAUAUAGCAGCUACUUACUCACUUUACUCACUUUUUUUUCAUAAUUAAUAACUCCGUGCUAUUCUUGCCCAUGGAUUCUCUGGUAGUCUUGUGUAGCUUGAUAAAAGAGAAAGGAUCAAAGAAAUAUAGCUUAGACUUCUACACACACACACACACACACAAAAAAAAAAAAAAGGGAAAGCGAAAUACAUAGCUUGGACAUGAAAAUACUUCGAUUAUCUCCCACUCUUCCUUCAGCCUUUGUCUCCAUGACUUUCCUUCAUACGUUAAGUUCGUUCGGUUGACCAUCACCAGAUGAAGCCAUACGUUUGAUUCCUACUUAUGACCAUAUAUAACUUUGUUACCACCUUGACAAGCAAGUGUUAUGCAGGACUGAUUUUUUGACUAGAUCGCAGGGGUUCUUCUAGUUAAGAAAAGAUUUCUUCUGAACAAGCCAUGUUAUACUUGAAUCAAACCUUUGAAAUGGGUGGAGAAGACAAGUGAGCGUGCACCUUUUUAUUUUUUCUGCUGAUAAGGAGUCCUUGAAAGCACAAGGGAAAAUCCCAAACAAACUGAAAUAUUUGUAAUAUGUACGAAUUAUGAUCUUGGUUACUCUCUUCAGAAGGAAAGAACAAACAGGUAUGAUGAUCCUGGUUAUUUUU